AUGGCUGGAAGUACUGUCUUGUUAACGUACGGUCAAUAUAAAGCCAUAUUGCGCUUUCUUCAGGAGCUCACGGAGGCGUCCUCCAUGGUGGCACCAAAGGACUUCAACGACAUGGCGAAAUUCGUUCAUUCAAAGGAUAUUUUUGUAUUUUUAUUUCUCUCAGGUCACGUGUUCAAUUGCGUUAAAAGUGGAUAUACGGUUAUGACAGUGAGAAAUUUUACCACUCUAUUCAUGAUAUUGGUGAACUUCAUCAUGGACAUGUUCUACAUUAACUCGGCGUGCGUUUUAAAAGCAUGUUUCAUGAAAAUCAACGAAGAUCUUGAUAAAUUACGAAAACCCGUCACCAAGACAUUUCUGCGCCACAAACAAAGUACUGCCUCGUUGCUGAUGAAAUUGAAGAAUUUAGAGGGGAAACAGCUGCAUCUCACCGAUGUUCUACAAUUACUAAACAAAAUAUUUAUCACGCAACUCGUAGUAACAUCUGUCACGACUUUUACUAUUGUUACAUUUAAUCUAUACUUUGCUUUAUUAUGGGUCCAAGGUGGGGAAAGAGGCCUGAAAUAUCUACAAUUUUGGUACUGGCCCUACAUUCCUUCUGCCAUAUAUCAUUUUCUUAAAUUUGCUACGAUGAUUUGGGCGUGUCAAACGGCGACUAAUAAAGCUAAACAAAUCCGCACUACUCUUCACGAUGCCCUUAGCGAGGCGAUUGAUUUGUCGGUGAAACGCGAGCUGGAACUUUUCUCGCUGCAAUUACUGCACUGUGACACGACGUUUUCAGCGAAAAUGAUCGAUAUGAACGCGUCGCUUCUUGCAGAGAUCGUGGGUGGCAUCGCCCUGUAUCUCUUAAUACUGCUCCAAUUCUUAUUGCAGUGGGUCGCAUGCGUGUUCAUGCAAGAGUGA